CGCCGAUGACAGAGUGCGGGUCGCUGCUGCAGCUCCUCACUCUCUGCAUGCAUGCUGCACACAAACCCACUGCACUCGGACCCGCGCUGCAACCCAUGUGAAAAGGAUUUUACGCCACUAUCAGAAAAGGGAUUAUCCGACUGCGUUUUAGUGUUUUUUUUUUUUUUUGCCUUUUUUCUACGGUUGAAAAUAUCAAAAGCAUCUCCAUAAGGAGAGCAUCGCCAAAAGACAACCAUGCCGCUGCACGCAGGUUUGGCGAGUAAAAACUACGACUACGACUACGACUCCCUCCAGCCUUACUUCUACUGUGACAACGAAGAGGAGGAGGGCUUUUACCCCCAGCAGCUCCAGCCUCCGGCUCCCAGCGAGGACAUCUGGAAGAAGUUUGAGCUGCUGCCGACGCCCCCGCUGUCCCCGAGCCGGCGGCCGUCGCUGUCCAGCCUGUUCCCCUCCACGGCCGACCAGCUGGAGAUGGUGAGCGAGUUCCUGGGGGACGACGUGGUCAACCAGAGCUUCAUCUGCGACGCGGACUACUCGCAGAGCUUCCUCAAGUCCAUCAUCAUCCAGGACUGCAUGUGGAGCGGCUUCUCCGCCGCGGCCAAGCUGAAGAAGGUGGUGUCGGAGCGGCUGGCGUCCCUGCAGGCGGCGCGCAAGGAGCCGGGGCCCGCCGGGGGGGACCCCGGGGAGCCCGGGGGGGCCCCCGCCGGGCCCUGGAGGCUCAACAGCAGCUACCUGCAGGACCUGCACACCUCCGCGUCUGAAUGCAUUGAUCCAUCGGUGGUUUUCCCGUAUCCCGUGGCGGAGACGCCCAAGCAGCAGACGCAGCAGGGGACGCUUUCCAGCAAGGACCUGGGGCUGGACACGCCGCCCAACAGCGGCAGCAGCAGCAGCUGUAGUGACUCAGAAGAUGAAGACGGAGAGGAGGAGGAGGAGGAGGAUGAUGAGGAUGACGAUGAUGAGGAUGAGGACGACGAUGAAGACGAUGACCCGGAGGAAGAGGAGAUUGAUGUGGUGACGGUGGAGAAGAGGCAGGCAGUGAAACGGUGUGACCCCAGCCCACUGGAGACCAGGCAUCCCAGCCCACUCGUGCUGAAGAGGUGCCACGUCUCCACCCACCAGCAUAAUUACGCCGCCCAUCCAUCCAUGAGGCACGAGCAGCCGGCUGUCAAGAGGCUAAAGCUGGAGAGCGGCAACGGCGGGGGCGGCGGCGGUGGCAGCGGAGGCAGCCACAGCAGGGUCCUCAAACAGAUCAGCAGCAACCGCAAGUGUUCGAGCCCCCGGACGUCUGACACGGAGGACUAUGACAAGAGAAGGACUCAUAAUGUAUUGGAGCGCCAGAGGAGGAACGAGCUCAAAAUGAGCUUCUUCGCCCUUCGAGACGAGAUCCCAGAGGUGGCCAACAACGAGAAGGCGGCCAAAGUGGUCAUCCUGAAGAAAGCUACAGAGUGCAUUUACAGCAUGCAGUCAGACGAACAUAGACUUAUCUCAAUCAAAGAGCAGCUGAGGAGGAAAAGUGAACUUUUAAAGCAGAGACUUGCACAGCUGCAGGGAUCUCGUGCUUAAUGGUUGAUUCUGACUUUUUUUUUUUUUUUUCUUAAAUGCAAGUUCAAGACUUGAUGUACAGUUAUUGUUAAUGUUGCAUGCAAAUGCAAAAUGGAUUGAGUUUGGAAUCUUGUUUUGAUUUCAAUGUUCAAACUGCCUCAGCUGAAGUUAUGGGUGGAUUACAUAUUUAAAUUUUAUUUUUAUUAAUAAAAAUGUUAAAAAUGGGGCUCACCUGUUUUUGGGGAGGCUCCCGCUAAAAAUAUAAAUUUUUAUGUUUGUACAUAAUUAAUAUUUCGUAAGAAAAUGUAUUUUUCAAUUGUCUGGAUCUGCAGACCCACUGUUUGGUUUUUUCAUUAUGUUCCUAGAUUGUUUUGAAAUAUAAAAUGUUUUCAUGAAGUUGUGUCCUUGUUCUUGCAAUGAAAAGGUGCUUCUCAAACAUUUCAUCACAGUUCUGCUAUAAUAUAACAUUCACGUUAAGGGGACACAUGAAGGUGGAUUACACGAAUAAAAUAGUGGGGAUUAAGGUGUGGUGGAUCUCAGUCUUUUGGGAGAGGGGGUCUUGUUUUGUUAAAUCGAGCAUGUAGUUUGUAAGUACAAGUUUGUAAGGAAGGUGAAUGGUCAAGCUUAAAAGCAUUUUAUGAAAAACCAUUUUCACUAAUAAAACUUUGAAGUAAAGAUACCACAUUUCAGGAUUACUACAGUGUUUUUUGCACAAAAAGAGGGGAUUUAGCAGCCUGUUACACCAGUUUAUGCACAAACACACUCAAGUUCCACUUUUCUACCUGAAUAUUGAUCUUUAGAGCUUUUUCUGGUUCACAAUAAGCUUUAACAGCAACCACUGAUACCCAGAUAAGUUCUUAUAUCAGGAUAUACAUACAAGUGCAUGAAACCAAAUCAGCCUGCAUGUGUUGUGUUCAGAUCCAU